AGGAACUUCGCUGUUCAUGCUGGAAGGAAAACAAAGUGUAAUAUUUCAUUUUAAUGAAAUGACCUGAACUCAGUUUGGUUGUGAAGUGUGAAACCAUUCUCCGAAUGUGCGAGUUUGUUAAAUGAGGAUGAAUUGGUAACCGUAUGUACAGUUUAGCGAGAUUCUACACCGGAUACUGCGGACGAGUUACAUUUUGCUGUGUUCACAAACACACUACACAAAUAACACAGUGACUGGUGAGUCAAUUAAAUACAGUGAGUGUUCUGUACAAACACAACUUGAACAAGAGGCCAGAGCUAGCUCUGCACUGAAGUUUUUUUGUUGAAGCACAAACUCGUUCUCACCUUCUCAUUUUAUAUAGAGGAAGCCGAAAACUCGACAAUAUGGAGAGAGCGUUGACAGUGCUGAUCAGACUGGAAUUGGUCGCUGUCUUGGUCGUCAUACUUCUUGAGAUCACAUACUCUGAUGUUCUUAAUAGUGACUCUCUCUUUGAACUCCAUUGGCCUGGGCCAGGAAUACAGUUUGCAGAUAACUCCGAGUAUGUUAUAAUGACGACCCCAGCCAAUGAGAAGUACCAAUGUAUACUACCAGAUGAAGAUCUUCAGAGACAUCAGAAUGAUGUGAACUAUGGAGGACCAUCAGCUGCCAGUCUUAUGCAGAAAGUCUUCACUAAAGAGAUCUGCACAAUUAGAAUUGAAACCUACUGGAACUUUGAGCUGUGUCAUGGGAAGCACGUACGUCAAUACCAUGAAGAGAAAGAGGCUGGCAAGGAAAUAAAAUUACUGGAGUUUUAUCUUGGCAAAAAUAUGAAGUCGCCGGAGGGCAAGGAAUUUGAAAUACAAACAGUAGAAUCGUUCCAUGGGACGUACGAGAAUUUCAAGGUGCCCACGAUAACCAUCGAUGGUAAAGAAGUCCCCUACUAUGAGGUCUUAAUGGACAGUGGUACCCCGUGUGAUCUCCGUGGUAACAUUCCUCGCCUGACAAGGGUGCGCUACAUCUGUGAAACCAUGGGAAGGAACGAGAUGUUCACAAUUAAAGAGACGUCAACGUGUGAAUAUGAGGCUGUUAUACUCACACCAAAUCUUUGCAGUCAUCCUCUGUACAAGAUGAGAGUGACACCCAUAAAUUCUAUCAAUUGCCACGCCAUGAAUGGUUCCCCAACGAGACCAAUUGGUUAUGAACAACUGUACAGAGAUACAAGCAGCAGAACGCAGUUCUCAUCCUCAAAGGUAAGGACCACUGUGACCACAACUACAACCCCAACACCUCAAGAGAAGUCUGCAGCUGCAGCAGCUAAGCAACGGUUACCCAGACCCAUCCUUGUAGACAAACAAAUAUUACAGGACUUCUUAAAUGGGGACUACUGUCUUCAUGGGGGCACAGGAUGGUGGAGAUAUGAAUUCUGUUAUGGAAAAUUUGCACAGCAAUAUCAUGAGGAUAGAAAUGGAAGAACUGUUAUACUUCUUGGGUCUUGGAAAAUGGAAGAACACAAAGCAUGGUGGACUAAAGAGAAAAAAGCAGUUGGUACAAAGAGUGUAACCCAUUUAUACAGCAAUGGAGAUGUGUGUGACAUCACAGGAAAGCACAGAGUGGCACAGGUCAAGUUAAAAUGCAAAGAAGACAUGCAACCAACGGCGGUCACAAUCUACUUAGCAGAACCCAAGGAUUGCGAAUAUGUACUUGGGGUGGAUUCUCCUAUAAUAUGCUCUUUAUUAGAUACAGCAGAUGAAUAUGGAAUAUUGCAUCCAGUCGCCUCUGAUGACAAGUCAACCCCCUCAACAAGGAAGCCAUGAAUGUAUAGAAAACAUCUUAUCACAAGAAUUGCUCUGAAACCUUAAAUAGAGCAGACUCACUUCAAAAGGCUGUCCUUGAAUUCUGUACACCUUGAAGGAGUGUGAACAACGUUUUCCGGCCUCCCAAACAAAUUUGAACUUUUUUGCAAGACACGAGUCACGAUUUAUGUAAACAAACAAACAAACAAAGCAAACCAUGCCCAUCCAGUGUGCAUAGAAAAGCAUGGCUGCUUUUGACUGCUUUUGCUGUAAGAUGGGAAGCAGCCAUGGUUUUCCAUGGUCACUUGCACAUUUGCUUUAUAUUGUCUACCCAUGAUCAGUCACACUUUGGUCGCAAAUUGGGUCUCUUGAGUGCCAAACCCCUUUGAUCGCCAAACCCCUGUACUUCAGUCUAAGAAAAUUUACCUCGAAAUUGCGUGGUUUUUCGUUUACUGUGCGAACUAACACGGUCGGCCAUUUAUGGAGUCAAAAUUUGACU